AUGCCACCGUCAGACCGCCUCCAAAAACUUAUCAAGCAAAUACGUUUUAUAUCCAGUUUCUGUGGUUCCGAUAUGAUAGACGAAAAUUAUACUAUGUUUAAUCCAUUAUUUACGGUGUUACUAGUGCUUUUAGCGAUAUAUACCGUAUGCUUCAUAAACACCAUAUACGAUGGCUAUGUAAUCAACAAUGAUUGGACCAUCAUUUUGCAGUGCCUUGCCAUAGCAGCAAUGGCUGCCCAGGUUAUAGGGAGUCAUCGCAUAACUCUAAGGAAAAUGUUUAAGCAUUUGGCUGACAUAUAUGAUGAAUAUCAGAGUAAAGGGUCACGAUACGAAUACGCCUUGAACAAAACUUUACAAAAGAUGAUGAAAUGUUCGAAGAUUGCCUGCGUAAUAUAUUUCACGGCAGUAAUCGGUUUAAUCGUUAUACCAAUUAUUUAUAUGCUAAUAACAGGCAAACGGGAGCUUAGCCUAACCGCAUUGAUACCGGGAAUUGAUCCAAAAGAAAUGCUUGGUUAUUUCAUCCACACUGGUUUUCACUCUUCCAUCAUAUUCUUUGGUGGUGUGGGUUUCUUUUCUUCUGACGUCGUCAUGUUUUCACUUUUUCUUCAUGUACUUUUGCAUCGGGAUAUAAUGAAUGCGAAAUUCCAUGACUUGAAUGAGGUCACAGGGGAACAAGAUAAACCAGCUAAGAGAAUACGGGCCCUGUUAAAUGAUGUAAUUGCUUGGCAUCAAAGUUACAAUUUGUUCAUGGAAUACAUUGAAGAUCUUUAUUCUGGCGUUAUAUUUAUACACAUGACUACAUGUUGUUUGUCCAUCUGCUCUACUCUAUUUUGCAUAGUGCUUAAGGUCUGGCCGUUUGCACCACUUUUGUUGAUCUUGAAUACUUCAAUGUACGCUUAUUGCGCGUUUGGCCAACUAUUAGCAACAGCGAACGAGGAGGUCACCAGAAUGAUUUAUGAGGUUUGUAUCUGGUACAGACUGGAGGUGAAGGAACAGAAAAUGAUCCUGCUCAUGCUACGCAAAUCACAGUAUGCCGUUGAGCUAACUGUUGGUAAAAUAAUGCCUUUGAACUUCAAUACCGCUUUGCAACUAACCAAAGGCAUUUACACCUAUUUGAUGGUUUUGAUAAAUUUUAUAGAAUAA